GGCGGGAGGCGGGGUCGGGGCGGAGCCUACGGCCGCGGGAAUCCCAAACCCGCCCCUUUCCCCACCCCUCCAUUUCUCGCCAUGGCCCCUGCACUGCUACUCGUCCCUGCUGCCCUCGCCUCUUUCAUCCUGGCCUUUGGCACUGGAGUGGAGUUCGUGCGCUUUACCUCCCUUCGGCCACUUCUUGGAGGAAUCUCGGAGUCUGGUGGUCCGGAUGCCCGCCAGGGAUGGCUGGCUGCCCUGCAGGACCAAAGCAUUCUUGUCCCCCUGGCUUGGGAUCUGGGGCUCCUGCUACUAUUUGUGGGGCAGCACAGCCUCAUGGCAACUGAGACAGUGAAGUCAUGGAUGUCCCGGUACUUUGGGGUCCUUCAGAGGUCACUGUACGUGGCAUGCACUGCCCUGGCCUUGCAGUCCCUCAUCCUCCUUCAGCUGGUGAUGCGGUACUGGGAGCCCGUGCCCAGGGGCCCCGUGUUGUGGGAGGCUCGGGCCGAGCCAUGGGCCACUUGGGUGCCCCUCCUCUGCUUUGUGCUCCACGUCAUUUCCUGGCUCCUUAUCUUCAGCAUCCUUCUCGUCUUUGACUACGCAGAGCUCAUGGGCCUCAAACAGGUGUACUACCAUGUGCUGGGGCUGGGUGAGCCUCUGGCCCUGAAGUCUCCCCGGGCUCUGAGACUCUUCUCCCACCUGCGCCACCCAGUGUGUGUGGAGCUGCUGACUGUGCUAUGGGUGGUGCCCACCCUGGGCACUGACCGCCUCCUCCUUGCUCUCCUCCUUACCCUCUACCUGGGCCUGGCUCACGGACUUGACCAGCAAGAUCUCCGCUACCUCCGGGCCCAGCUGCAAAGAAAACUCCACCUGCUCUCCCGGCCCCAGGACGGGGAGGCCGAGUGAGGGGCUAGCCCUGGUUCCAAGCCCUGUACUUCCUUUUCCCCUCCAAUUCCAAAUCCCCUUAACAUCCAGGCCUUGGCUGCCUCAGACCAGAGGCCCAAAUCCAUGGACUGAAGGAGCUGUCCCUUCCCUUGCUUGAGCCUCCACUCCUUGGGUCCAGCUCCAUAUCUUAAAUUCUGAGUUUCAGCCAUUGGACUCCAAGGGCCACUUCUCACCAGCCAGGAAGAGGGAGUGGGGAACUUAUCUGUCUCCUCAGAGUUUAGGGCUUGACCCUCCAUUAACAACCUCCUCACAAGGAGAAGGGUCUGGCCUGACCACUCCCCUGGUCCUAUUUCUGGCCUCUGCGCCUCAAGGAUCCUCUUCUCCACGUCUAGCUCCCCUCCUAGGAGCUGGACCAAGGUCUGCCAAGUUUGAUGAUAGUGGCUGCCCCAUCAGGCUCCACACCUUGAAGCUGCAGCCCAGCCCCACUGUCUGGCCUUUCCAGCUCCCUAGGCCCUGGCCCAGGGCUCCAGAUUCAUGAACCUAGUUGAGCGGAUUCUCCUGCUCUUAAUUCGGGGGACUAAGGGCUCCCUGCUCUCCCGAGUAACUCGCGCUACAGGAAAAUAAAAAUCAGCCUGGUUUUUCUACGUGUA